AUGGCAGCGGUUGCCGAUAUGCAUAUUGAUUUAUUGGUUUGUCGCUUAAUUGCUGUAGGAUGCAGCGAGGAACCUGCUGAUGGCAAUGCAAUUCCUACAAUGGAACAUCUGGAUCCUCUUACUUUGCAAUCCACGAUAACAACAAAGAAACACGAAACGCCAGUUCUUACUGGAACCAUAGAAGCUUCACCAUCUUUGGCAGCUUCCACCGUUACUGAAGCAUGUGAGUAAGA